UUCAUAGUUUAGCAUUCAUUAAUUGUUUUAUAUUUUUUACAAAAGUGCUCGUUCAAACAUUAAUAAGAUUUUAUGAACGAAACUCCAAAAAGGAAUAAGGUUUUGAGAUACAAGCAUAUUUCUAACAGCAGUGGAGCUUACGCUAGACCCGAUGACCCCUUACAUGAUUAUAUGAAUAUAUUGGGCCUAAUUUUUAGCAUGUUUGGAUUGAUGAUGAGAAUAAAAUGGAGUUCUUGGAUUGCAUUUUAUUGCGCAUUUGUUAGUUUUGCCAAUGCAAAAACAUCUGAUGAUACUAAGCAGAUUGUCAGUAAUUUCAUGUUAUCCAUAUUUGCGGUUGUAAUGUCAUAUUUACAAAAUCCAACACCUAUCUCAUUUCCUUGGACAUAAUUCAUAAUUUGGUUUUCAUAUAUUAUUUAUAUAAGUAUUUCCAUUUAUAUGUAAUUAAAAAUUUGGUUAAGUUAUAUAUAACUAUUAUAUAUAUAUAUAUAUAAUUAAAAUUAUAAAUGAUUAAUAUAUAUGAUCAAUAUAAAAAAAAUAUUUUUUUAGCACUAAGCUUUCUUUUUACAUUGAGAGAUUUAUGUAAAUUUUUUUUAA